UUGAGUGGCCCAAGAUGCCAUACGCGGGCGAGAAGCGGGACGGCGAGACGCAUGAGAUGAAGCGGCUCCGGCACGAAGAGAACCAGGUCGCAUCGCGCGUCGUCUUUGCCCGCGGCCUUCCGGACGACUGCCUCGAGAGCGAGCUCAUGGCGCUCUGCAUGCCCUUCUCGUCGGUCGAGAAGGUGCUCAUGAUCCCGGACAAGAACCAAGCGUUCGUCGAGCUACCCGACACGACGGCCGCCACAAACCUCAUUGCGUUCUACCAAGCGCACGACGCCAUGGUCCGCGGCAAGAAGGUCUUCUUCGCCUUUAGCAGUCGCGGCGAAAUCUGCCCGCAAAAAGGAGCUGCCAAGGGCUUCAAGGAGUCGCCGCGCCGACGAUCACCGCCGCGGUCCACCCGCCGGUCGCCGCCACGCACUGCCGACCCGCGCGGCUACCAGCCGACGCCCACGACCUACGAGACGACGCCGACCAACUUGUACCUCCCGCCCGGUCAGCGCAACAAGAUCUUGAUGGUCACGAUCUCCAACCUCGAGUACGAGGUCAAGGUCGACACGCUGCACCAGGUCUUUUCCGGCUACGGCAGUGUGGUCAAGAUCGUGCUCUUCUUCAAGGGCCCCGAGCUCAAGGCGCUCAUCGAGAUGGAAACCAUCGAGCAGGCGGAGGCCGCGCAGCAUGCGCUCAACGGCCGCGACAUCUACACGGGCUGCAACACGCUGCACAUUGGCAUCUCCAACCACGCCACGUUGACCGUGCGCUUCAACAACGACACGUGCCGGGACUACACCAACCCGACCCUGCCGGCCGGACCGGCCAACCAAGCACCCGAGCCAUGGAUGCUGGACGAACCGGUGGCGCCGGCGCGCACCGAGUUUGUCCCGCCGACGUCGCUCCCGCCACCUACCGCGCGCGGCCGGGACCGCAGGAGUCGUAGCCGCAGCCGGGAUCGCCGCCCGCCCGUGCCGGAGCCCAGGCGUCCGCGGGAUCGCCGGGACCUGAGUCCUCGGGCGCCGUCGCCCCGUCGCUUCGAGAGUCGUGCUCCAUCGCCGCGUCGGCUCGACAGUCGGCCGGCUCGGGACUUUGACGCGCGGCCGCGCGAGUACGAGACGCGCGCACCCCGCGACUAUGAUGCGCGCGCGCCGCCUCGCGAAUACGACCUGCGGGGUCCCCCUCCGCGUGAUGGUGACCUCCGCGGCGCUGGCUACGACCCCCGAGAACUGCCUCGGGACUACGAGUCGAGGGCGCGCGACGUCGCUGCUCGGCCGCGCGAGUUUGAACCGCGUCGCGAGUUUGACACGCGGCCGCGCGAGUACGAGACGCGUCGCGAGUUUGAGCCGCGCCGAGAGUACGAGCCUCGGCCGCGCGAGUAUGACGCUCGGGGCCUGCCCUUGCGGGACCUCGACGUCCGAGGGCCCAGUCGUGACGCGUAUGACGUCCGCGGUCGCGACCUUGACCCGCGUGGGCCGCCGCCACGCGACUACGACGCCCGCCACCGGGACAUGGAUCCCAGGGGCCGGGACAUGGAUCCCCGGGGCCGGGACAUGGAUCCCCGAGGCCGGGACAUGGAUCCCCGAGGCCGGGAUAUGGAUCUGCGAGGCCGCGACGCCGACUUUCGAAGCCGGGACAUGGAUGCUCGCGGUCGCGACGCGGAUCUGCGGGGCCGGGACGUGGAUCCUCGUGGUCGCGACGUGGAUUUUCGGGGUCGGGCCUUGGAUCGCGGGCCACCGGCGCGCAGUCUCGAGCGUGGGUCACGGUCGAAUUCGAGCUUUGAUCCGCGCUCGGUGGUGCGGGAGGUGGACGAGCGCCAGCCGCCGCGGCUCAGCGGCAGUCGAGGUCCACCGCCGCGCCCGCCGCCGUCCAAAGGCCGGGACUUUCCGCCACGCGACGGGCGGUUCGAAGUGCCGUCGUCGUGCGUGCUCAUCUGCAGCAACAUUGACGACCACUACAUGAAAAUGCCAGCGCUGUUUACGAUCUUUGGGUGCUUUGGCGACGUGAUGCGGCUCAAGAUCAUGUACCGCAAGCAAGGCACGAUCUUGGUGCAGUUUGUCGACGAGGUCCACGCACAGUCGGCGCGCGAGCACCUCGACGGACUCCAUGUGUGCUGUAAGAAGUGGCGCGUCGACUACUCCAAGCACGCGUCCGUGGUCAUGCCGCGCGCCGACGCCGAGCCGUUUGAGCUCCAAAACACAAUCGAUUUCUCCAAAGCGCUCUCGCACCGGUACCGCCGCCGGUCGCUCGCCGAAGUCGCGCCACCGUCGCCGAUGCUGCACAUUUCGGGCAUCCCCGAUUCGAUGCAGCCAGCGACGUUGGCCGGGCCGCACCCGAUCGCAGACCUCUGUAGCCAACAUGGCAUCCUGCGCCAGUUUCACCCGAUUCUGAAGCAACCCAAGAUGGCGCUUUUGGAGAUGGAGACGCUGGAAGAUGCGCUCGAUACGAUGGUCGCCCUGGACAACGUCCUGUUUGCCGACGGCCGCAUCCGCGUGUCCUUUUCCAAGUCGUCGCCGCGCCCGUAGAUGCCCUUCCUCCUGCCUGCCUACGUCUCUUUCCUGCGCCUGACGACGACCUACUCGUCGACCGCCCCUGUCGCUUGUUGCUCUUGUUGUACUAGGCACAUUAUGAACCGAAUAUACCACCGCAAACCCCCUCGACCCCGUUUCUCCUUGACCUUGCUCUCGGCUAGCAUUUGGAUGCCUGUUGCACGACGUCGACCUAGCGUUGAUACUCUGUUGUAUAACUCUUCCGAGUGGUCUACUUCAAGAUCUAUAUAUAUAACUAAGUUCUUAGUCGCGCG